UUUCAUUUUGAAUUUUCCUUAAGCGGGAUAGUGUUAGUCUUUUAAUCAUUUCUUAAGUUAAUUAUUUCAAUUGUACAACUCCAAUCACGUUUAUUUUUUGUUUUCUCGUGUUUAUUUGGCUAAUAGCUAUGCUGUGUAAUAGUUUAGUUGACUUAUCGUCAAUUCAUAUUCCUGAUAAAAGUAAUGAUGGGGCAACUAAAGAUGAAAGCUCAAUCAAAUCUGAUGGAUCACUGCCAUCUUUGCGAGAGCCUUUAAAAGUUUUUUCUCCCAAUACAAUGGGAAAAGUAAACGGACAAGCCAUGACAAUGAAACAAAUCGAUGCUGAGUUGAAUGCUUUACGAAGAGAAAACUUUGACCUCAAGUUAAGGCUUUAUGUUGAAAAUCAGAAAAAAGGUUCUAAAAAGACACAUUUUGAUGACGAUGAACGCAAGGAUAAGCCUUCUAACACCAUCGAAGAAAACUUCAAAAAGAUAUUGAUUGAUAAAGAUAAUCAAAUACGAAACUUGAAAAGUCAGCUUAAUGACUUGGACAACAAGAUGAAAUUUGAAAUAGGAAUCCUUCGUCGUGAAAAAGAAGCGUAUGCAAAUGAUUUGGAAACUAGUGAGAAUCUCUGUAGACAAUUUAUGGAGCAUCUUACUGAAGUAUGUGAUUUUUGGAGAAAAUUCCUGCUGGAAGCUAAUUCAAGUGGUGAUCACAGUUUAUUAGAAUCCAUUUCAAACUUGUUGAACUCAUCUCAGGAUAUACUAAAUUCAUCUUCAUUUAUUAUAAAUGAGAAACUUAGAGAUGGAUCAUCAAAAAUUAUCAAUGAACCUUCAUCUGACAAAUUGCGGAACAAAUUGAAGGAACUCAAAAGAUCCAGUGAAAUUAAAGGCAUGUCAUCAUUGGGUCUACUUUCUGAUUUGAGUCAGUUCAUAACCAAGGAUAACGCAUCCGUCCCUGUUAAAAUUGAUUGUGAAAUUCAAACAGAUAUGGUUGCUAGCGAGAUAAAAGCUCUAAUUCAAACUGCUGUCUUGUUAGGUAAUCGAAGAGGUUCUGAUUCUGCAACUCAAACGCAAUCAGUCAGAUCAACUGAAAAAGAAUGUCAAACAUGUAUCUCAUCACAUGUUAACCACCAAAAAACUCAAACUGAUCCUAAACUAUUAGCUAAAACUGGAAAAGAUUUGUCUCUUCAAUCAAAAAUUUUGAAUGGCCCCAACUCCAGAUCAACUCAAACCCAUUCUACAACCUUCGACAAAGCUGGCUCUGUUUCUGAAGUUAAUUCCGAGGAAAGUGGAAUUAAAAAAUCAAAAAAAUGUAAAAACUCUGAGUUAGGUAAGACUUCCUCAGGAAAUCAGAAUAACAAUAAGCUCGAUCUGAAUUGUCUAUUAAAUAAACAAGUGGCGAAAAGUGAUGACCUGGAAGAUAAUAAAGAUGUUGAAAAAUCUCCGGAUGCUAGCUUCAUUGCAGCUAUGAAAAGUUUUACCAUUUUUAAGUCUAAUUUAUCUCCUAUCACCGAAUCUCCUCGACUUAAGGAAUAUUCUCCUUCAGCAAUCCAAGAAAGGCAAGAUAAAGGAACUGUUAAUGACCUCACUUAUUCCCUCGAGAGUCUCAAGUUGAACAAUUCAUCUGGAGCUUCGCCUUGUCUUGGUAAAAUGACUCCAAAUCAAGUUGCUACUUCUGAAAGGAAAACGGUAUCAAUCAAUGAAAGAUUGAAUACCAUACAAAAAGCUGGUGGAAAAAUAACAUUGAGUCCAUUAACUGAAAAGAAUGGAACUGAAAUAACUAUUAAAAAAGCAUCAAGCUUGAAAAAGAAUCAAUAUCCACACUCGAAAGGAGAGAUUACACCAAAACAAGCUGAAAAACAUGUAAUGUUGACGAGUCAAAACAAAUUGAUAUCAAAAAUGCCUGAUAAUGAUAAUGAUUUCACCACUGACGAUGAACCAAAUGAUGAGAAGGAAAGUGAUUCUGUUCGUGUUUACCUUACCUUCAAAUAUUACCAGCUUCUUCGUGGUCAUUUAGGUCAACUUUCUGUACGAUUAAAUGAAUUAGAUUCAUUGAACAAGGAUCAUUUCGUUUUAGAAAUAAUUGACUCACAAGAAUAUUCAACAGCCGUUGAACCUUGCCUAACUAACAUGAGAAAGACAAUCAAUUCUUGUCGAAUAAUUUGCCACCAUUUUACCAUUGUGGACGAAAAUUCCGUUCUAGCUCAAUAUGAACGGAUCAAAGCAAAAAAGGAGAACAUCGAAAAGGCUAUUAGUCAACAGAUGAAAAAAGCAGACAAACUCCUGAAAAAGGCCAAAAUCAACUUGAGAGUUUAAGAGCUUUCCAAAAAAAUUCCUGAAUGAUAUUUUUUUCUCAAUCCCUUUCCAUCAUUGUAUUAAUCACCUUUUUUACAUUUAUUUUUAUUCCUUUCAUAAAACUCUGUACUUUAUAUAACUCUACUUUUUGAUGAUUAUUACCUUCCAUAUGUAUUUUAAUACCUUUUCAUCUUAAUUUGUUUUUUUUGUCUUCUCCUUUUUGUUUUCAUUUUAUUGUAAGCAUUCAGUCUCAAGUUGGGAUUUAAUGGUUAGCAAACCAACGAAUAACAUCGCUUGAAUCUGAAAGCUGACCAUGUAAACUCAUGUUUACUUAUAUUUAUUAUAAAACAGGAAAGAUAAUACGAGUCUACCUAUUUUCAUAACUUACGACUGUAAUUUAAUCAAACAAACAAUGCAAGGUUUACAUUUAUUAAUACAUUAAAAUGAUACAAAAUAG